GGCACCACGCGGAACUUGAAUAUAUCGUUCACAGGGUUCUAGCCCUCGGCCUCAUUUGCCUCUUCGCACUGCCGAUCACCGACACCGUAGAGCCAACUGCGUUAUCAUGCCGGGUGCAGAUAUGGAUGCUUCCCUGCUCCUUCGGGCUGACAUCCUCAUGUCUUAUGCUCAAAUCAUGGGGACAUUAUACCCGACGAAAGAAUAAGAUGGCCUUAGGGACGGACUUCUCUAUGGCUUUCAAGAAAGUAACAGCGAGUGCACUUGCCGCAACACUAGUUCUUUUCGUCAUUCUGGUUGCCCUAUGGAGAGUCGUGGAGGCGCCGACUCCCCAACUGACAUACGCAUCGCAAGAUCGCUUCUGGAUCUGCUGGGGAACCGAAAAGAAGCAGAUCGGCUUCAUAACUUGCCUGAUGAUCAUCACGGGGACAAUCCUGCUGACGGCGUGCAAGCUCGCCUACGAGACCAUCAAAGUGGGCUGGCCUGUUCCUGCACUCGAAGAUAGGCUGCUGCUGGUGAACGCUGCAAACAUGGGCAUCACGGGAAUCCUGUCCGCCGGCAUUCUACUUCCAAACAUGAUGAACGGGAUCGCGCAAUUCGCGCUGCGAACCGCAGUGACGUUUGUCGUUGCGGCUGCUAUGACCGCAUCAUUCCUUGGUUACAAGGUUUGGCUGCUCUACGGUCUUGGAGGCGAGAUCGAGGACGCCAUGGAAGCGAAAAUCAAGGCGAUUGCUUUGAAAUCUCAAAAAUCGCAAAGCAUCUACCAGAAAAUCAAAUACCUCCCCGUAAAACCCGAUGCUGCGCUCGUCUGGCGAGCUGUUCAGAUAUCAGUGGUCCAGAACUACAUCGACUUCACCGACAUCGACACCAAAGAGGGACGAUUCUACGUCAUCGACAGCGUUAGCGUGGAAGCGGAUACGACCGACAACAGUUUGCUGCUGCAACUGCCGGGCGGUGAACGACUGCGAGUGCAAAUGGAAAGCCAGAGGGCGCUUGAGGAGUGGGUGAGAAAGCUGGAUCUUGCGAGAGGGAGGGGUGCAACAUCCAAAGCGCGGUCGAUGGCGUCUCGCGCAGAAUCGCCUCUGAAAACGGCAGCGCUAGCGCCUGCAUCGGAGGAAGAAUUGGACGUUUGAUGGACCGUAUCAGAAUUGUGACGCUCGAGUCGGGUUUCGACGAGUCGGAUUUGGGAUAAAAGUCCCUAUGUGACAUAUCUGCGAACAUGCACAUACUGCGUAUAGACGGUUCACUCUUCCAUUUGUUUCGAAAUGACAACGAAUCUCAAGGUCGUAUGAACAUGCGAAAC